GAAGGGGUCUGUCAUCGGUAGCUGCCCCGGGGUCACGAAUGAACACGUACAAGCAGCCUUCCUUACCUAAGGUCCCCCGACUCUCACCCCCCGAGUAAGUAGGUAUCGUGGGACUCGGAAGGCACCUGCAGCGGGCGGCAGUCGUGGCUCGGUCAUCGGGUCUCACUUGAGCCGCCCUCGCUGCACAAUAACCCCCCCUUCCGUCCUCACAGCCUGUCCCGCCUCCUCCGCACCAACCAGAAUUCCUUCGGGCAUGUAUCGUCAACUACAAAUAUAGACUUGCCAACCACCCGUCCUCACGCACGAGCACAAGCGAAGCCUACCACGGAUUUACAGACGAACACGAUCACUCGCUAAUCGGUUGCCAUCUAUCGCCAAUCGUCCACCAUUUGAUCCUUUCUUUGGCUGAUCCAAAUACCAGGAUCUGAUUCGACGCCGUGCCGUCCAAGACAACCCCGCACACGACCUCAUUUCGACAUCCUAUAUAUCGACGACAGCCUUCCUUUUCAAUAAAGCUUGCUAUUUUUUUCACAUAGUGCACCAUGGCCCCGACGAACUUGCUUGCUGGCAAGACUGCCAUCAUCACGGGCGGCACCACUGGCAUUGGAAAGGCUAUUGCGUUGGAAUACAUAAAGCAGGGUGCCAACGUUGUCGUAAACCAUUUGGGUCUUGAAAAGGACCAACCCCACCUUGAUGCUCUCGUUGCCGACGCCGCUGCUGCAAAGCAAGAGAACCCCAACGCGGGUCGUCUGGCCGAUAUAAUUGGCGAUGUUCGCGAGCCCGAGACGGCAGCAAAGUUGGUAGCGCGUGCCGUCGAGCAUUCCGGCAACGCCCGUCUAGACAUUUGCGUCUCCAAUGCUGGCAUCUGCACGUUCGCCGAGUUUCUCGAGCUGACUCCGGACCUGUUCACCAAGACAGUCCGUACCAACCUCGACGGCGCCUUCUAUGUCGUACAAGCAGCCGCUCGCCAAAUGAGCCAGCAAUCGCCCGCCGGUGGUAGCAUUAUUGGCAUCUCGUCCAUCUCCGCCCUCGUCGGUGGCGGCCAGCAGACCCAUUACACCCCAACCAAGGCCGGUGUACUCAGCCUCAUGCAGAGCACUGCCGUUGCCCUAGGAAAGUACAAUAUUCGCUGCAAUGCUCUGCUCCCCGGUACGAUCAAGACACAGCUCAACGAGGAGGACCUGGCCGACGAUGCUAAGCGAGCCUACACGGAGGGCCGCAUUCCUCUGGGCCGCACCGGCGUGCCGUCCGAUCUCGCCGGGCCCGCCGUCUUCCUAGCCUGCGAAUACCUCAGUGGUUAUGUGACUGGCGCGCAGUUGCUGGUCGACGGCGGCCUCUUUGUUAAUCUUCAAUAAAGCGCUCUCAGCCUAUCACGCUCGGUUUUGCUAUGUUUAGUUUAAAGUGCUUUGGUAUCGGGGUAUCCCGCCUAUUGGCCGAGUAGCAGAUAGAAUGCUGGCCCAUGGAGGAUUCAAAAGUACGACGGGAUGAGGGAUUUAUGGGAGCACGGAGGGGAAAAGAAAAAGACACAGUUGCAAAGACCGCCUAAUUUUCCAACCGGCGCGUUCAAGCACCGUAGGAUGAAACAAAAGUCCAAGGAUUGAGGAAUGUAUGAUUGAUUAUUAGCAAGUGAGCGGUAUUCCUUGAAUCCACUUGCGUGCUCAUGUUGGCCAGUCACGCCAAUCCGUUGAUUUCCUUAUCCUCUUAUUACUGGGCAAGGAUCAGGCCUCCGUAUGCAAGCCAAUGCCCCCUUCUGCCCAUCCCUCAUACUUGUCGUUUGUCUGCUUUUUGUUUGAACGAAAUGUGGUUCCGGUCUCCAAUUUCGCCGUCUUUGAUGGUUUUCCAACUGUCCAAGCGAGGGCAACGGACGAAUAAGACGGCCUUGAUAGGUGCACUCGACUGGCUGAACGAGUGACGGACUCCAUCCCUACAUACAUACAGAAUGGAUACGGACAGGGGCAGGGGUGUCUGCAUGGAGUCUGGUCAACGGUGACGGCAUCACAAUGCGACUGACGAGUAGCGUGUAUGGCGGCAGCGGGACGCGACAGUAAUAGCGCCGGGCUGAAGCCUGGUUUACGCUUGAUUGAUCGUGGGUGGGCGUUCUCCUCCGGCUCGGCAACGCUGGAUGAUGGCGUCGUUGUGCAGCAAGGGGAAAGAAAAAAAAAUGGUGACGGGAGGCCGGCGGCAAAGGAAGCAGAGGCCCGCGACGGGAAAUGGGCAUUCACCGGUACAACCGCAAAUCUCGGGAGUGUUCGGUGAAGCGUGUAAUACGGCAGGACGGGUAUCGAGUUGUUGAGCAACUGCUCUUAUAGUACAUUAUUAUCUCGAACCCUCUUCAUGCUACGAAUACACCAAGAUUCACGUCUCUUCACUAUAUACACUGCCCGUGUCCAUGCCAUACCCAAUUCUCCGCUCGAGGAACGUCGAGAUCAACCGUCGGUCACAGAAUAAUGAAACCCCCGGACUUGUUUUGAGGAACAGGCCACAAAAUACACAUGUUGUGAGCGGGUACGGCAUAAGUGGAUGGUCUGGAGAUGCGUGGUUUCUUUGGUAUCAAUGUUCUGGACCUGGUGAUGUUUUGUGGCCCUGUUCACGCAACUACCCUGAAUACAGUCGUACUCAGUCUGGACUCUGCGCACAUAGUGUGUUCGUACUUUGAGAUGGAGAAGGGAAAGAUGGACGUCAUUCGCCGAGUCAUGAACCAACCUAGAAUAGUAUCUAAGCGCUCUUUCGGGGCGAUGACACAAGUGAUGAGCGUCGAAGUGGCCUUUUU